AUGAGUAUCAACAACAUAACGUCUCCACAAGAAUCCCUCAAAAAUCACAACAAGCCCCCCAUGGAGGAUAACAAUGAAGAUGCCACAAUCAGUCAGUUCAAGAGGCUCCUGGCCAACGACACCAAAGUCAAGAUCGCAGGUAUUGACUGCGAUGGCAUUCUUCGAGGCAAGAUUAUGAACAAGAGCAAGUUCCUCUCCAGCCUCAAGGGAGGAUGCGGCAUGAGUUCUGCUAUUUUCGGCUGGGACAUGCACGAUCUCCUGUAUUCAGAAGAAAGCAACUUGACCAGCGCCAAGACGGGCUAUGCCGAUUUCAACGCCGUUGUUGACCUGGAAUCAAUGCGAAGACUGCCGUUCGAGGAUGAUAUUCCCUUCUUUUUGUUGCGCUUCUUUCUUGCAGAGCAGUCUGUUGUCGCGGACGGACGUGGCCUCGGAAUGGCUGGAGUUGAGCUGGAGUUCAUCAACUUUCAGACUCCCAGCGAAGAUGGAUAUCACGCUCCGCAUGCACGGCAGAACCUUGCUGCAUAUCUCUCUUCCAACACACCACAGAACCUGCGACCCGUAACGGCUAGUAACUUUGGCUACAGCGUGUCACGUCCUAUUCUAGCCAAGGGUUACUUUCAUGACAUUUUUGAUCAGAGUCUGCAGGAGUCGUCGCUUUAUCUCGAGAAACAAGCGGUUUCCCUGGAUUUGGCCACGUUGUUGGUCAGCCCAACUGGGCAGUUGUGA